AUGCGCUCCGUCUUUAUUGCACCAUUCGCUACGGCGGCAGCGUUCGCACUGUGUGCGUCGAGCGCCAGCGCUGCUCCCAUCACUUCCAUCUCGGACGCUUUUGGCUCGACCGUUGCGUCCCCUCUACACAAGAGAGCGGACGGAUACAAGGACCCCAAAUCGGGAGGCGGCUCUAGCCUAGGCCUCUUUCCGGACAAUGCCAAUGGUGAACCCCUCAAUGUUAUCGUGUCGGGCAAGUCCUCUGCCGAGAUUCUCUCCGAGGACGGUUUCAAGGCUUGGUACAACGCGAUCGGCUUCAACCGCGAGUGCUUUGGCAUCCACUCAGGCACCAAGAUGCAAGCCAAUCUCGGCGACGGCCAAGGUGAGAGCGUGACCCACACAGACGAGGUGCGCGAAUCCUAUGGUGAAGACACGACGAGCGGUUCGUGCUUCGAAUCCCUCGUCGGUGGCAACCACUUCCGCUACUGGCAGCAAGCCGGCACCAAUGCCUGGUUCCUUGCAGCUUCCGUUGAGAAGGAUGUGUCGCAAAAGCAUGACGUGGUCGAGGAUGGCUACAACAAGGGCAGAGACGAAAUCGUCGGCUUGGCAACUCGGGGCGCUGACUCGGACGACGGCAAACACUAUGCUGCUACCGUCAAGUACGUGACUGGAUUGCUGCCCACAGGCACCAACGGCAUCAACCAUGGUGACGAGGGCGUCGGCGUGGAUGGCAGAACUGCCAUCAUCACCGUCACUGUUUCCUAAAUUCAAAGUGAAAUGGCCCCGUGCAUGGUAUCGCUUCACGACCGUUACGAUCUAACGUCAAAUGCACAGAGGAAUGGACAGCUCUUCUGCUCCCACUCGACAUCUUGAGAUGCAGCGUGAAGUAUGAAGACUUGUCUUGAGUGCACGAUUGCGUAGACCAGGCAGUGCGAGAAAUGAUGGUAUGUAGCGUUCGGAUGGUGCUUGAUCGAGCCUUCAUCGUGUCCAAGACGGACGGCAAGAGCGAGCGAGACCCUCGAAUAUGAGUCGCGAGUCUCGAUACCAAGUGUCGCUUUAUUGCGUCGGGUCUGAACUCGUACCACGACUUGCCGAAUGAUGGUGCGAGCACCACAGAGUAAGCACGCACUGUUAUGGAACCUGGUGCACGUACAGAAGAGCCACAAGACGCGAGUCCGCGUGCGCAUGCGGUGAGUGAAGUUUGCGU